AUGGCUCUCAACAAUGCUCAGUUGCAUCCUGCAACAAUUUUCAACAACCAAGGCUUCCACAAUGCUGCCACCUACUCCAGAUACCUUCGCAUGUUUCGAGAUCGUCCCAUUUACCCUUCCUUUUCAAUUCACCCCUCUGGGUUGUCCAAAUAUGACAUGAAUAUUCCUUCUCUUCUUGAUGGUCUCGGCUGGAGCUCUUUGGUUGAGAACAUGCAUUUCAGUCACUGUCCUGAGGUAGUGCGUCUGUUCUAUGUCAAUCUAAAAUAUGGCCCUGGCUAUGAUCUGUCCUUUUUCACUGCUUACGUGUUGAAUUAUGAGAUCACAGUCACUCCCACUCUCCUAGCCGCCAUGCUCAAUUGUCCUCACUCAAGACUUAAGGCUCACACAUAUGGUGUCCUACCUCGUGAUCUUUCCAACACUGACAUCCUUCACUCCUCUGAUCUCUGGAUCAUAUCUAGUGCCAAGGCCAGUCGAUCUAUCACCUAUGCGUCUCUAAUGUUUCAUCACAUGAUCAAGUUUGGUCUUGAAUACUUUAGUGGCCCACUACCCUUCGGGCCUCAGAUCACCAAACUCCUUUAUCGGCUCGACAUUGACCUGCGAGACAAGGUCAUUGUCUGCAAUGUCUUGGACGAUUUAUGUCCACAACACGUUUUGGCCAAACUGGAUGCUCUCUUUGGCGCCCGUAAGCUUGUCACUGGCUCAGGGGGAGUCAUGAUCAGUCUUAAAUCUUAUCAGUCUGAAAGACUAGUUGAUGCUCUUGUUGAUGCAGCCAUGGCAGUCAAUGAUCCAAUGACUUCUGACUCAGAAUUUGAUAAUGAAGAUGGCAUCUCGGAGCAUGAGUCACCUCUAGAAUAUCAGUUCUAG